GGGUUAAUUUGAUUGAGCUGCCGGGGUAGCUGGACAGAUUCCAACGCGUCUUCGAUAUAGUUAGACGAGCGUUCACGUUCGCUUUGAGAGACUGACAGACCCCUGUACUGUUCACCCGAGGACAGGAGAUAACCAGCUCGAAAUACAGUGUCAACUUUCUAGUUCAUACCCGCAUUUUGCAUAAAGAUGUCUGGCUUGGGAAAGCUGCGCGUUGCUGUUAUCGGAGCCGGUGCUGCGGGACUCUGCGCGGCCCGCCACCUUCUCUCCCGCCCAGACACCUUCGCGCCACCAGUGGUGUACGAGCUCACCAAGAAUAUCGGAGGAACCUGGGUCUAUGAGGAGAGAGUGGGAUUUUACGAUAAUGGUUUACCAAUUCACAGCAGCAUGUACAGGGACCUCAGAACCAAUAUUCCCAAAGAGGUGAUGUCUUUCCCCGACUUUCCUUUUGCAAAGCAUCUCCCCUCUUUUGUCCAUCACACUGAAGUACGGAAGUACCUUGAGCAGUACUGUGAUCAUUUUCGCCUGUGGGACCACAUUCAGUUUGGCACCUCAGUGGCUUCAGUGACCCCAGAAGAUGUGAAGGGUGGGUGGAAUGGGUUGGCUUGGAAUGUCAACUCCAACAAUAGUGUAGACCACAGCAAAUCCACUACAGAGCGAUUUGAUGCCGUUAUGGUGUGCAACGGACAUUUCUAUGACCCCUACAUCCCUCCAAUACCUGGACUUGAAAAAUUCAAAGGGACACUGAUGCACAGUCACGAUUAUCGUACUGCUGAACCUUUCGCGGGAAAGUCAGUGGUGCUGCUGGGAGCUGGUCUCUCUGGACUAGAUAUUGCCAUGGAGCUCUCCAAUGUUGAAGCUCAGGUGAUCCUGAGUCAUGGGCAGCAGCCUUUGACCUGCCCCCUUCCUCCAGGAGUCCAGCAGGCUCCUCCAGUAACUUCUGUACUGGAUGAUGGCACUCUAGAGUUCAAAAAUGGGGAGAGAACCAAGCCAGAGGUGUUCCUGUUUUGUACAGGCUAUAACUUCACCUUUCCAUUCCUAGAUAAGAAAGUGGGUGUAAAAGUGCAGGAGCACCUGGUCUGGCCUCUCUAUAAGUUCCUAAUACCUCCAGCCUACCCUUCACUCUUUAUAGUGGGCAUCUGUAGAGCUAUAUGCCCCUUCCCACAUUUCCAUAUUCAGUCUCAGUUUAUGCUGUCCGUGUUGGAUGGUUCUUUCCGCCUGCCCUCCCGUGAGGAAAUGGAGAAAGAUAUUGAACUGGACAUUGCUGCCCGUCGUGCCCGUGGAAUUUCCACCCGCCAUAUCCUUAAACUAGAUUCUGAGCAGUGGGCCUACAAUGAUGAGCUCGCCCGCCUGGGGGGAUUCAAACCCCUCCCGUGCUAUUGGAGCAACCUGUACGAAUCCAACAAGGUGUUCCGUGCCCGAGACAUGCUCAAUUACAAGACCUACAACUACAGUGUCCUGGAUAACAUGGAGUGGAAGGUGCACGAUUUGCAUGGCCAGCAGCUGCAGAAGCCUCUGGCUGUUAAAAAACAAAUGUAAGCUGUGAUGGAAAAAAAUACACCAUCAUUAAGGUGCUAACAAGCAUAUGCCAUUAUAGCAAGUACAAUUAGGAUAUUUACAAACUGUUCAGUACUAAUACGUUUUGCAAUUAUUUUAUAAAAUAUCUAUCCAUACUAUUAUUUUUAUGUGGUGAGCCCACAAAGGAAAUGUCUAAAUUAAAUUUCUUUCUAAUCUUGUUAUUUGACAUGAACUGCUUUUUAAUUAAUAAAAUGAAGUGUUUUAAAAUAAAAGUUCAUGUCAUCAUCCAAAACUUGCCAUCAAGACCAGAGAUUCCAACCAGUGUGAACCCCAAGGGACACUUAUAUGUAAAAAACGUAUCUUUGUGGCUCGGCAAUACAGACAAGGCACUCAAGUAUCUUUUAUUUUCCCUUUUACACACUCUGCUUUUUGCCCUCUCUGUUCCACAUCUAUCAUGUGUUUCCAAUACAUUCCUGUUGUCUCUCAACAACGCAAGCUGACAUCAAAUGCAGACGGCAACACAAUCUUGAUAACUUGCAACUGCACCUCUCUCUUUUUCUGUGGGUUUCUGGAAUUGCCAGUCAGCAGUCAACAAAGCAGAUUUUAUCCAGCAAUUGCUUCUCAGUCUACGCUUAGUAUCUUGGGCUUGACCAAGACCUGGCAUCUCCUGCUGCUCUCUCAAAUAACUUCUCUGCCAUUCCGAAAGCGCCACCUGCUGGUAGAGAAUGAAUUUGCAUUUUUAAUAAACCCUUCUACUGUUUUUGUUUUUUUUACCCAUAUGCAGCAAACACAUAGUUGUAAAUGUAACCUGGUGGAUCAACAAGAAACUAAUGCAUUAUAAAUAAUAGAUAUAUCUAUAUGUUAUUUAACUAAUAUAUAAAUUGAUUGAUGAUAAUAUUUUAAAUUAAUGUAAUAAUUUAUA